AUGAAUUAUCAAAAUUUAAAGUGCUCGGAAUUAAAAGAUUUAUUAGCCAAAAGAGGAUUACCAUCUCAUGGAAAAAAAAAUGAAUUAUUAGAAAGAUUAUUAAAAUAUGAACAAAAGGAUAAUUUAAAACCUUCAUCAUAUAUACUAGAUAAAAAAAAUAAUAAUAGUGAGAAUAUUGAAUUAUCAGUAGAAAAAAAGGAGGAUAAAAAAAAUAAUAUUAAUGAAAUAAAUAUUAAAUCCUCGACAAAAGAAGAAUUAGAAAAAAAUAAAAAUAAUAUAGAAUCUUAUACUGGAGUAAAAGAAGAUAAAGAAAAUAAAAAAAAAUCUAUCUCAAUAAAUAAUAAGGAAGAAUUAAAUAAAGGAAACUUAAAAAAAAUGAAUGAUUAUAUAAAAAAUAUCUUAAUGACUAAUAAUGGAGAAAAUUCUAAAUAUUAUGAAAAUGAUAAAUUAAAAAAUAAUGAAAAAAUUAAUGUAUCUAAAAAUAUAAAAGACAUUAAAGAAGAAAAGAAUAAUUUUUUAAAUAAUAAUAAUGAUGAUAGAAAAAGUAAAAUUGUAAUUCCACAAAUAACAUUUUCUGAACUAUCUUUAUCCAAUAAAAAUACAUUAGAAAAAAAUAUAGCAACAAAAGAUGAAAAAGACAUUUAUAUGACAGAAGAAAAAAAGAGAGAAUUAAGAAGAAAAAGAUUUGGUUGUGUUUCCACAGAUGAAGCUCUUGAAUCUAGAGCUAAAAGAUUUAGUAUUGUCACUCAUAAAAUGGAAGAAGAGAAUAAAAGAAAAAGAGCAGAGCGCUUUGGAUUAAACAUGACUAAAUUGAAUGAUGUAGAAACAAAGAAGAGAAGAGCAGAAAGAUUUGGGAUAAUGAAAGAAAGUGAAAAAUUAAAAGCUAGAGCAAUUAGAUUUGGAAUUAUGUAA